AUGGAUCAUCUGCAUACAAUAUUGGACAACACUCCUGGUCAUGUCAGACCAGGGAAUCAAGUUGACGUAAAUUCAUUUUUAUCUGCUCGAAAUCAAGAAAUACAAGCUUUGCUCAAAGAAAUUCAGACCCCAAAAAAGUGCAAUAAAAUGAUAUUUCAACGUCUUCCAAAAAAAAUGCGCCGCCGAGUUAUGAGCACAACUGUAAAACGAAUGCCUAAAGAUUUAAGAGCUGCUCAUAAAAAAUCUAUUGAAAAGCAAAUCAAUAAACAUGUGAGGCGUAGAAAAGAUUAUAGGCGUAAACCCAAAAGUCUGCGAUUGGACUAUAUGAGACGUCAAAAAAAUGGAAAAUGGCUGGAAACUCAUGUAUGGUUUGCAAAACGGUUUCACAUUGUACUUAAGGAUGGAUAUAAAUUACCUAAAAGCUCACAUGAUAAAACUUAUCGAGCCUGUUACAGGGCUAUAGGAAAUCACUGUUUAGCACAGGAUGUAUCUUACAUCAGUUGUAUUGAACUAAGAGGACCCUACAGUCAAAUAAUAGAAGGUUUAAUGCACCAUGUUAAUCAAGAUUGUGGACGUACAUUUAAAGCUAAGUGCUAUGAACAAGGAACUAGAGAAGGAACAAUUUGCAUGUACAAAAAUGGUGCUUAUCCUUGUGGAGCUAUUGGUAGGGUGUCAUUUAUUUGGGAUACUUGUGUUCAAGACAAAAUAAGAGCCGUGUGGAUUUGGGCAGAACCUUCAAUUUAUGCACAGUUAGCAAAAGAAUUACAAAUUACAUUUAAUUUAAAGCAAAAUGACUUAGAUAUUUUAGAGUCUGAACCUCCAGUUCUAAAAAAGCCUAAACUUUUAGAAAUUAUAAAAAAAUCAAAGAAUAUAUCAACUCCUGCAGUACAAACUCCUACUUUUGUUAAUAGUGCAAUGAAAAUGACUUUAUUAAAAGAUUCUUUGAAUAGGCUAAGACUGACAGGACCAUUGUCAAAUAGUGUUUUGAGUCGUGUCCUAUACCCUGCUGAUUUGGUUAAUUCAAACAGUCGUGUUAAUGAAAACUGGUGGUCAUCACAUUUGAAAAAUCUAAAUAAUUCUAUUAAUAUCCAAACAAAACUUUGGGAAUCUUUAAGUGGAGCUGAUAGACCAGAAUCAUAUCCAUCAAAUUGUGUAAUUGGAUUUCACACAGUAGAUCCAAGGCUGGUGUUUCCAAUGAAAAGAACAAAAGCUUUGCCUAAUUCGAAAGAUUUUCUACUAGAAGAAGACUAUUCUUUUAAACUACCCACAAUAGCAAGUGUUUCUAAAAUUUGGGAUUUAAAGGUUCGAGAUUGGUCUACUCAGAAUAAGAUGCCCAAUUGUGAAAUGAAUAUGUUACGUAGUAAUUGUAUUAUUAACGGCAAUGACAAAAUUGCAUUGGAUAAACACUCAAUGUCUAUUAUACCAAUUCUUUUAAUUCAACGACCUGGGCAGUGUCAUCCAAUUACUAGACCAGGUUAUGGUAGUGGCUGGGAUAUUGUCUUACCAGCUGGAUGGGCGAUGCCAUUUUGGUUAGGUCUUAUUAUGAACGGAUGUCAACCUGGAGGACUACGAGAAACUACAACCAUGGUACUAGAACGAUGUUUGCCAAGACCAGACGAACCAGAUACUGAUGCUGGAAACCUGAGAGCUAAGUUAGUAAAAGAAGAAGCAAUGAAAAAAUACUUUAGACUUCCUCCACAAAUGCGAGUUAAUUACAUUAAGUUAGGUUUUCAGACUCCAUUUCAUUGUCCUUGGGACAUUCUCUGUAAUGAAUGGAUGUUAGAUUCUAAUAAUACAUUUGUAUUGCGAAAUAUCAAAGUAUUAACUCAGCUACAAAAUUUAACUUUAAAUUUAAAAGAAAUAAUUGAUGUGAACAAUUUAAAGUCUGAAUUCACUGACUUACAAACUUGUUUAGUACCCAUUAGGAUUGAGUUAUCGCAGAAAGGCAUUCUAAAACCUAAUUCACACUUGUGUUUACCAACUCUUGAUGAUUUAAGUAAUGUUGGAGACAAAUCUAACUUGGGUCCUUUAGAAAAAAUGCACAAAGAUUUGAAUGCUUUCAAGCGUAAGAUUUAUCGUUUGGAACAUAGAAAACUAUUGAGAUCCCUGAGACGUAAACGUGUGUUAGAAAAGAAAAAGAGAAACAUUCUCUGCAAACGAUUCAAACGGAAGGUAUCUCCAACAUCACAAAUAGUCAAGGAAUAUUUGAGCCAAAUGAAAAAGUUGUGGAUUCCUGAAGAACAAACGCCCUUAAAGCACAGUUGCAGUCGUGUCAUUUUGGGUUUCUCAUGCAAUAGUCAUUUUAGUUUUACUAAAUCCAAAUAUGUUGGCAUUGGUUACAUGCCUGGCCCUGCACUAUUGGAGUUGUUUAAUCUCUGGUCAGAGUCUAAAACAAAUUUACCAUAUGUACUUGUUCGAAAUCCCAGUACUAAUCAGUAUAGGUAUGCUUUUCUUAGUAUAACAAUUUAA